CCCUUCAGAUGAUGCCUCACGCUAUCGAAGUCAAGCCAGUUAUAUUGUAGACUACUUGCUCUCAUCCCUGUCUUUCCAUUCUCGGAAUUAGAAACCUCAGAUCUAAAACCCUCGACACCCACUCCCCAAAUCAAGAUGAUGGACGCAACAAAACUAGAAGAACUGAAGCAAUUUAUUGAACAGUGCAAAUCCAAUCCUUCCAUCCUCGCCGAUCCUUCUCUUUCCUUCUUCCACGACUACCUCGAAAGUCUUGGUGCUAAGCUCCCUGGCUGUGCUCACAAGCACGACGACUCCAAAUCGAAGAGUUAUGUGGUCGAGGAGAGUGAUGAGGAAAUGGAGAAGGAAGAGUCACAAGGAGAACCUGAAGUCGAGGAGGAGGAGGAGGAGGAGGAGAUAAUUGAAUCCGAUGUUGAGCUCGAAGGCGAGACUGUUGAGCCUGAUAAUGAUCCUCCACAGAAGAUGGGGGACCCAUCUGUAGAGGUUACAGAAGAAAGUCGUGAUGCUUCUCAAGAGGCCAAGGCUAAGGCCAUGGAAGCUAUAUCUGAAGGUAAAUUGGAGGAAGCAAUUGAGCAUUUAACAGAAGCAAUUUCACUCAAUCCAACAUCUGCAAUCAUGUAUGCAACAAGAGCUACUGUUUACAUCAAAAUGAAGAGGCCCAAUGCUGCUAUCCGGGAUGCUAAUGCUGCUCUUGAGAUUAACCUGGAUUCAGCUAAGGGAUAUAAGUCCCGUGGCAUGGCACGAGCAAUGCUUGGUCAGUGGGAAGAUGCUGCUAAGGAUCUCCACCUGGCAUCAAAGUUAGAUUACGAUGAGGAGAUAAGUGCUGUACUUAAGAAGGUUGAACCAAACGCUCAUAGGAUUGAGGAACACCGCAGGAAGUAUGAAAGGCUACACAAAGAGAGGGAGGAUAGAAAGGCUGAGCGUGAGAGACAACGUCGUCGUGCUAAAGCUCAGGCCGAGUAUGAGAAGGCCAAGAAGCAAGAGCAAUCAUCUUCCAGUAGAAAACCUGGAGGCAUGCCAAGUGGAUUUCCAGGAGGAUUUCCAGGAGGGAUGCCCGGGGGAAUGCCUGGAGGGAUGCCCGGGGGAAUGCCUGGAGGUAUGCCCGGGGGAAUGCCUGGAGGCUUCCCGGGUGCCAUGCCAGGAGGGAUGCCUGGAGGCUUCCCGGGUGCCAUGCCAGGAGGGAUGCCUGGAAAUGUUGAUUUCAGCAAAAUAUUGAAUGACCCUGAAUUGAUGGCUGCAUUUAGUGACCCGGAAAUAAUGGCUGCCCUUCAAGAUGUAAUGAAGAACCCAGCUAAUCUUGCUAAGCAUCAAGGGAACCCCAAGGUGGCUCCUAUAAUUGCAAAGAUGAUGGGCAAAUUUGCCGGGCCUAAGUGAGUGGUUGUGGAACUUGACAUUGUGCUUGGGUUAGUCCUUGUGUGUUCCAGCGUCACAGCUUGAUAAAUCUUGUAUUGCGCUUUUGUUUUUCAAUACUGUGUUGGCACGGACCAAGUUACUUAGCCACUAAUUGCUGAGAUGGGGUUUUUUUCUCUCAUAUGACUACCAUCCAUCUCAUCAUAGAAUUCAGAGGAGAUUAUAUUUUAUUGCGAGGUUUUCAUGA